GUGGUGGCGGUCGUUUGGACACAUUUGUCACUCGUUCUGCGAGGAGUACACAAUGCCGUGCCUCAAGAUUUUAACUAAUAUCCCAAAGAGCAGGAUACCUGCCGAUUUUGUCGACAAAAUCCUACCACUGCUGUCGAGGGUGGUGAACAAGCCUGUCGAUAAAUUCCUGUGUGUCAUAUCGGGAGAUUGCCAAGUAACGUUCGGAGGCGAAUCUACAUCGCCUGGCGCAGUCGCCACCCUGGAGUCCAUCGGAAACCUCGGACCUGUUGAAAACAAACUCAUCGUGAAGGAAGUCUCCGCGUUUGUCGAAAGGGAAUUAGGAAUUUCACCAAAUAGGUUCUUCUUAUCCUUCUACGAUCUCAAAGGUUACAACGUAGGAAAAGGUGGUGUUACGAUUGAAUAAAAAAAAUGUUGCUUUAUCAAUAUCAUUUAUUGCGUUAUAAACAAGAAUAUAAGGAAAUAUGAAAAUAAAACGAACAGAUUCUCGUCUAAUAAAUGGUCUUGUAUUGUUGGAUUCCGUAAUAGUUUUUUUAUUAAUUUGUACUCGAGAAGGACAAUAGUUUUAUAUGCCUAAUAAAUAAUCAUUAACUGUUUUUUUUGAUGGGUGAAAAUGGUAUGGUAACCCCGCCUGCGCUAACGGGAUACGCUGGCGGAGCACCAGUGAAGGGUGAUAGAUGAGAAUGAAAACAGACCAGUCAGCCCAUCAUGAUGAAUUCAUCAGGAAUUAACCAUGAUAGUUUCCGCGAAGAGGUCGACCUGGUUGGGUAUAUUGCUAGCAAUGGGAUUCUCAGUCUCCAUUACGAACAAUCCCUUUCCCUCCAAUCAUUAACUGUUAUCCAUUCAUGCCCUGAGUGGAGUUUGCAUCAAAAGCAUUCUCUACACAAUGAAACUGUUUAAAGUGUCUGUUAAAAAUAAUCAUUAACACUAAAACAAUCAUCCAUUCUAUGUAACACAUAUCUUGUGUCAAAUUCUGAAUCAUGCAAUGACAAACUAUUAUUGUAAAAUAAAAAUAUAUUUCACUAUU